GCUUCCUCCACCGGUUUGUAGUUCUUCAGACAAUAUCUUAUCGAUCGAUCAGUUGAAUUGAUCUACUGUUAUCUUUCGGAAUCACGCGCGUGCAUCUGACGGGUUGGGGUCACGAGGUAGCGCUUUCCUUAAUUUGGAGACAUCUACCACUACUCCACCUUCCAAGUUAGGAAGGUCUCGACUGGAGGCGGACUUUCCCCGAAUCCUUGGAAAGCAUCCUUCACUUUCACAUUCUCUUCAAAAGAGUCGUCUGGAUCGUAUCUCAAGCCAUACUAAGCCAUGGUCAAUGUCAUGGUCAUCGACGGGCUCCAGUGCCUUGUCACAUGGGGCCGACUUCGUCAGUUCUAGCCUAUCAACGACUCCAACCGCGCACGUAACCGAUAAGAUAGGAUGACUCCAACUAUACGGUGCCUUCCGAAGACAACCCGGCGGGGUAAAGGAAACUAUGGGGAAGCCUAUAACUAAUAUCUCGGCCGAAGGCCCCUCGACCCUACUAAAGGGACACGAGUUUGCUUUCCCUUUCGCUCUGUGCAUCCUUCCUACGGGUAAGACCUCGUUUCACGACGACCGCAGAAGCAAAUAGUUCAACCCAAAAUGCCCCUCAACUCGAAAGCCAUCUACUCUAGACUAAACCCCGACUUCGUUCCAUUCACGAGUCGGAGAAGUACUGUGCAUAGCACAAAUGGGAUCGUGACGUGUACCCAGCCUUUGGCAGCUGCUGCAGGCCAAAGAAUCCUGCAACAGGGAGGAAAUGCUGCAGAUGCUGCCGUAGCCGUGGCCGCUGCAUUGAACAUCACUGAGCCCUCAUCAACGGGGAUUGGAGGAGAUAUGUUCUGUCUCUUCUACGAUGCCAAAACGAAGAAAGUUCAGUCCCUUAAUGGAUCCGGGCGGUACCCUGCGAAUGCUACACUAGAGAAAAUUCGAACUGACUUGAAUGUCGGCCCAAAUGACGCUGGAACCAUUCCUAUGAAGAGCGUUCAUGCGGUGACAACUCCCGGCGCAGCUGCCGGGUGGGUUGACACCAUAGAGAAAUUCGGAAGUGGUAAGCUGUCUUUGGAACAGAUCUUACUUCCGGCUAUUGAACUUGGCGAGAAUGGUUUUCCUGUAUCCGAAUUAUCGUCCUUUUUCUGGCGAGAAGGCGAGAGCCUCCUUCGACAGGCAUCCCCAAAUGCGCAUGAGAUGCUCAAGCCAGACCAGAAGGCUAAAGAUGGUGUCAGAGCCCCUCUUCCCGGUGAAAUCUUGAAAAACCCUACGCUUGCCCAGACCUUCAGAUCACUUGCGGCCAAUGGCAAGAAGGGAUUCUACGAAGGGCGAGUUGCGGAGGAGCUGGUAAGAGUUGUGCAAGAUUUGGGAGGCUACCUUACUCUAGAUGAUCUGAAGUACCAUGCAGAGACUGGGACUCAGGAGACGGAAGCGAUCUCCCUCAAGUUCUCUGGACAGAGUAUUGCUGAGAAGCAGACUGCAGGAACAGAUGGUGAGGACAACCAAGGAGUGGAGAUUUGGGAGCACCCGCCAAAUGGGCAGGGAAUCGUUGCUCUCAUGGCGUUGGGAAUCCUUGAGGAACUUGAAAAAAUGGGCAAGAUUCCGAAGUUCACAGAGGCUCAGCAUAACUCUGCUGAAUAUCUCCAUGCAGUUAUCGAAAGUCUGCGUAUCGCGUUCGCUGAUGCAUCUUGGUGGGUCACCGACCCCGAUGUGGAGAAGGUACCAACCAGCGAACUUAUCUCUCCUGCAUACCUGGCCGAGAGGGCAAAACUGUUCAACCCGGACAAGGCGACUGAUAUCCUUGACCAUGGUAGCCCAGCUCACAACCAUUGUGACACCGUCUACUUUGCAGUGACAGACAAGGAGGGUAACGGCAUCUCGUUCAUCAAUAGUAACUAUGCUGGAUUUGGCUCUGGUAUCAUCCCUAAGGGCUGCGGGUUUACGUUGCAAAAUCGGGGAGCCAAUUUCUCUCUAGCGCCAGGUCAUCCAAAUGCGCUGGCUCCGCGGAAACGGCCUUACCAUACCAUUAUUCCUGCGAUGAUCACCAACGUCUCUGAUGGUUCAUUACACUCAGUGUAUGGUGUCAUGGGUGGCUUUAUGCAACCCCAGGGUCAUGUCCAAGUGCUACUCAAUAUGCUUGCAUUCAACUAUCACCCGCAGGCGGCGUUGGACUCCCCGAGGAUUUGUAUUGCUGCUGGCUCACCGGAGCUAGGCAAACCUGUUGAUCGCAGUGUCUAUGUAGAGGAAGGCAUCAGCGACGAGGCUGUCGAAGGCCUGAAGCGUCUCGGCCACCAGGUAAAGGUAUUGGAAGGAUGGGAGAGAGGUAUGUUUGGUAGGGGACAAAUUAUUCGUUGCCACUAUGAUGAGGGGCAAUUGGUCUACAGUGCAGGAAGUGACCAGAGAGGAGAUGGAAUGGCCAUUCCGGUGCUGUGAUGUAUUAUAGCUAGGGGCAUAAGUUGCAAAAUAGCAAGUCCACAUCAGUUAUUUU